GUCGCGACGCCACCACAGAUCCCCCAAAAUCCCCACCAAAAUCGGAAGUCCCGUCGUGAUGGGCGACGCCGCCAACGCCUCCCGUCGGCGUCGGCUGGCCUCAAUUCUCCUCUCCCGGAAACCGCGCUUCACCGACAGCACGAACGAGACCACGGCCACAGUCAUAUCCAGGGAUGGCUUUACCAUGAAGGUCUCCUUCUGGAUGGCCGACCCACCGCAGCUGUCAAUCUUCUCCAUCCACUGCUGCAGUCCCCCUCAUCUGCAAGACCGCCCGUAUUCCGAGUUCUCAGUUUCGCCACGCGUGGUCGGCGUCGGCGCGGAGGGCCGUUUCGUCCUCUUCCGCGCCGUCUUCAACGGCCACUACGCAUCUGAAUAUUUCCUGUACAAGGCUGGUGAGUCGCCGUUGCUCGACCGUAUUCCUUCUCCCGACGAGUAUUGUGAUGACGACCGCGAUGAUCUGCGCGGGGUCAGGGAGUUCGGCAUCCUGCAGCUUGGCAGCCACUAUCUCGUGGCCGCUCUCUGCCUCGCGCCGUCGUCGGAUGACUACCACCUUUGGAUCUACUCGUCCGAGAAAAAGUCCUGGAUCACUAGGACACUGCCCAAUCCAUGUCCUGUGGUCGACAGGAUUAUACCCGAUAAGGUGAUCUCGCUUGGAGAAGGCUUGCUAGGGUGGGUUGAUUUGUCACACGGCCUGCUGAUGUGCGAUUUGGGUCAAGAUCAUGUAAGUUUCAUCCCGUUGCCGGAGCUGUUGCCUGGGAACAGAUACAAACUAAAAUGUCCCAUUCCGCCUACCACCGCAAAGAGAAAGAUAAAACUAGAGGACGAAUCUUUCUUGUGGUUUCGGGAUCUCACAUGCGUUGAUGGCGUGCUCAAAUUUAUUGAGAUGGAGAAUCUUGCUCCUGGAAUCCAGAGCAACAAGGAGGGUAUUGUCUAUGAUUCGGACUUGAUCAUGUCGCUCGAGCGCAAAGAGGAUUGGAAUUCCAAGCAGCUGUCCUUUGGGGGUGCCUGGAGAGCUGUCACAUGGACUCGGACAUUUUCAUCUAACUGUUGGCGCCAGACAUGCGCUGCUGAUGUCGCUGACAUCUUGGUUGACGAGUCUUUGUUGCCCGGGCUGGACAUGACAUUGGGGAACCUCUACUCAGCUUUCCCCAUCCUGAGCCCGGAUGGUGACGAUAUUCUUUAUAUCAAAUCUGUGCUGAAACCUAGUAUUCACGAUGGAUGGGUGGCAGCCGUUGACCUGGGAAACAAGGCAGUGAAAGCAAUUGGAAAGUAUUAUCUUCCGGAUGAUUUUUAUUACGAACUUCGCUAUGACCCUCAACAUCCUUUCUUUGCCUGUACAUUAUCCCGCCAUCUGGAUAUGACUCCAGGCACUGAAGUCUCAGCGUGUCGCAAGAUCCCAGAAGAGGCUAGCAGCUCUGCAAAUCAGCCAAGCAACUCCUCAAUCUGUGUGGGUGAGCUCAAUUCCUGUGAACCAAGGAGCAAAAUCCAAAGGCCUUGGGAAUGGGCUCAGAAAAACAAGCGUGCACGAAAUGCUGUUGGGAGUAUUAUGCAGAACGAUCAUAUUUCCCAGCAGCUUGACGAGAAGGUGCUGGAGCUAGAGCGGGAGAUAGAGCAUGAGCUAGAGCGGAAGAAAGAGCGUAAGACACAACAGCAGUGCUUCAAAAAGUGGGAUGCGCCAUGCUAUCCCCCUGGGCAGUCAUUGUGGCCCCAAAACAAUCUGCCAGCGCGGCAAUACUUCAACAAGCCAGAUGGACCAUGUGGUCCUGGUUAUGCAUCGUUUGCCCCUGUACAUGGUCGUCACAACAACCAGCCACUGUGGCUGCAGCUACCACCAUUAAAACGGCUUUUCACUUAUAGCAGUGAGUUUGGACCUCAUGAGGUACCCCAGCCAUCCUUCAACAAUAGCAGUGGAGCCAGCUACCAUUGGUAUCCACAGCAACUUACUGCCCCCAACUCAUUUGCCUAUGGCGCACACACAGGCUAUGGCAAGUACCAACACCAAUGGGAGAAGCCUCCCAAUACUCUGGAGCUGCCUGUUGCAUCUUGGGAGCAUUCACCUUCUCCUUCGUAGUGUCAUCCAACACCUAGCGAGGGGACCUCUUCCAUCCUACCGUUGGGAGAUAUAUGAUUUCUCUUUCCAAUAGUCAAGGCAAGGUGAAGAAGUCUCAUGAACUGGCCAGCAGCUACAGUAGAUCUUAAUUAACAGUAGCCAAGCUGCUGAUCGAAGAGGCCUGAUGACGCCGCCACUGGAGCCUCUAAUAUAUGUAUUUAUGUAGUAGAUGAGCAAGACCAUCCUCCCUUCCAGUGCGGUGUAUGUGUACUGGCUUAAUACUGGACUGCCUUAUUAUAGUACCCUACCUAGCUGUUGAAUCGUAUUGGUGAUGUUUAUAUUAUGUAUCGCGUGCUUGACUGCAGACAAGUUUGAUAACAAUUGUGGUGUGGUUCUUUGUGA